AUGGCCCCUGUGGAUUUGAGAAUUGCAGUGAUCUUCCUUUUCCAGAUUGUCACUGGAACUGCCGGGAACUUAGCACUCUUGGGUCAUUAUUGCAUCCUGUACUUCAGUGGCUGCAGGUCCAGGUCCACAGAUGUGAUCCUCAGGCACCUGAUCGUGGCCAACCUCUUGGUCAUUCUCUCCAGAGGAAUCCCAGAGACCAUGGCAGCAUUUGGGUUGCAAAGUUUCCUCAGUGAUGUUGGGUGCAAGCUUGUGUUCUAUGUGCACAGGGUGGGCAGGGGUGGGUCCAUGGGCAGCACCUGCCUCCUGAGUGUUUUCCAGGCCAUCACCAUCAGCCCCAGGAGCUCCAGGUGGGCAGAGCUGAAAAGGAAAGCCCUAAAAUUUAUUGGCUUGUCUAACAUCCUCUGCUGGGGCCUGCACAUGCUGCUAAAUGUCAGAGUUCCUAUGCUUAUGAGUGACAAAGGGAACAACGGAAACAGCACAAAAACUAUAGAUUUUCAGUACUGUUCAGCUACCCUUCCUGACAAAGAAAAAGAUUCAUUGUUUGGAGUGUUGGCAUUCUCCCAUGACAUUCUGUGUUUGGCGCUCAUGGUCUGGGCCAGUGGCUCCAUAGUUUUCCAUCUGUACAGGCACAAGCAGCGGGUCCACCAUCUUCGUAGCCACAAAAUCUCAUCACCGUCUUCCCCUGAGACCAGAGCCACUCAAAGCACCCUCAUCCUGGUCACUGCCUUCAUAUCCUUCUAUGCCCUGUCUUCCAUCAUUCAUGUUUUGUUUCUCCUUCAUGAUGGAACUGCCUGGUGGCUAGUCAAAACUUCUGCCUUCUCCAAUACUUGUUUCCCCACUGCCAGCCCCCUAAUUCUCAUGAGUCGAGAGCGGUGUGUCUCCAGGGUCAUUUGGAAGAAGUAA